CUCAGUAUACUCCCCCUAGUGUGGUGUGUGGUGCAGUGUUCUCGUCUAGCAAUCUUGCUUACCUGCUUUGAAAUCCUGCAAUAUCAGUAGACGGUAACGCCGGCCAUUCCUUGCACAAAGGGACUGCCGCUGUAAACGAAGAUGGCGCUGACGUCCAUUCUCUUGGGCCUCCUUGCCCUGACCGCCGCCGCCUCCUCCGCCGCUGCCGCCUCCGUUGCCACAUCCGCCUCCGUCUCGCAAGACCUCAAUCUCAGACCUGUCAUCGGUAUCUUGUCCCAGGAGCUCGGCCGGAGUAUGCGCAAAGCUCUGUCGGAAUACAACUACACUUCCUACAUUGCUGCCUCCUACGUCAAGUUCUUCGAGGGCGCUGGAGCCAGAGUGGUGCCCAUCCUGAUUAACCAGGAUGACGACUACUACAGGAAAAUGAUCAGCUCCAUUAAUGGCCUGGUCUUCCCCGGCGGAUCGGCUUCCAUCACCCAGAGAAGCGGCUACGGCAGGGCAGGCAGACUCCUCUACGAUCUCCUGCUGGACUCGGCGGCGAACGGCACGAUCCUCCCGCUCUUCGCCACGUGUCUGGGCUUCGAGAUGCUCAUGUACCUGCACGCGAAUAACACCAAUCCUCUCACCAGCUGUAAAGCUCAGAAUCGCUCGGAUCCUCUGUUUCUGCAGACGGGAUGGGAACUGUCUGAGCUCCUUGGCGAAGCCCCCGAAAAUAUCCUGCAGACGCUCACCACCACGAACGCCACCAGCAACUUCCACAAGUAUUGCGUUACACCCCAGAGCUUCAGGGACCUGGGUCUCGACGAGGACUUCCUAAUGCUGUCGACGUCGCACGAUUCGGACGGCAUAGAGUACGUGUCGACCGUGGAACACCGCGAGCUCCCUCUGUUCGGCUUCCAGUGGCACCCGGAGAAGAACUUGUACGAGUGGGGUUACGCUUCCAUCCCGCACACGAGGGACGCCAUUGAAGCGGCGCAGUUCACGGCCAAUGUCUUCGUCGAUAAGGCUCGCCAGAACAACCAGAGCUUCGGCAGCAAGGAAAAAGAAGCCUCGAUGCUCAUCUACAACUACAGCCCCACCUACAUCGCCCAGCUGUAUCGCUCCUCCUUCCAGCAAUGCUAUUUCUUCGAGUGAGGAUGGCAGAGGGAGGAAGAGGAGGGAAGGGAAAGGAGGAGAAGGGAAGGAGAAGGAGAGAUAGUGGGACAGGGAAUGGAAGGAAGGGGGAGGAUGAGAAAAUGAUGGGGAGAUAGAGGGCCAGUUACGGGAAGAGAGGGGGAGAGGAGAAGAAAGGGAUGGGGAGACUGAGGGCCAGCGAAGGGGAGGAGAGGGUGAUAGGAUAAAUUGAUUGGGGAAGAGAGAGGAGAUGGAGGGGAAGAGAACUUAACCUAAAGGGUAAAAAAAGGAGAGAGGAGAAAAGAGGAGGAGAAGGGCAAGAGAAUAGGAAAGAUAAAGGGGAAAGGGAGAAUAUGGAUAGAGGGAGGGCAAGAGAAGGAGAGAAGAGUUGUAUUGAAGGGAGAUCGGAAAACGAGAAGAGUGGAGAAGGGAUGGGACGGAGAGAAGGAGGGAAGAGAACAGGAAGACCGAAAGGAGAGUGAGAAGUAGAUAAAGAAUAAAAGAGCGAGGAGAGGAGAUGAUAGAAACUCGGGAAGAAGAGAAGAAGAGAGUGAAAAGUAAUGGAAAGAUAGAUAGAGUGAAGGAUGGAUUAAAAAGAGAGGGAGAGAAAGAGAGAGAGAGAGAAAGAAGGGGAAGGAGUGAGAAAAGGAGAGAUAGAAAGUGAGAAGAGAGAGAGAAGAGAAAGGGAAAGACCCAAGAGUUCUAUCUUGACGAAGGAGUCAAUUAAAAACUUUGCACAACCUGUUAGUUGUUUAAAGCGAAUCUUGGCGAGCAACUUCUUCCAAAAUUGUUUUGCUUCUCACAGGAUAGAGUAGUUUUUGAGCCUCAACCCCCCCCCUCCCCCUCCCCCUCCCCGUGAUUUAUUACAUCAGAUGGCCCAUUGUGUCCAGCAAAACAAAGAAAGUACUCUAGGAGCGAUCGAAGAAAAAUAAAUCCUUUGCCUUUCGUUUUCAACUUUUUUUGAAUUAUUAUUACUAUUAUUUCUCUCGCACAACCACUUUAUUUUGAAGGUGUAUGACUAACCGCUUGACGUAAAUUGCUACAUAGUUAUCCCCUUGGCAAUUCCGAAAGUCAAGCAUUAGGAUGGGUUUGCACGUUAUCAUGUAUCCGAGUGUUAUAUACAGAGGUCAGCACUUA